AAUCUGUUGCGCCUCCUAUCCACAAUUUUCUCGUUCCUCCGUCGAUUUAGACAAGAAUACGAAUUGUCGUUCAAUGUUUCUCUCUGUAUGUCGCAACUCGCAAGUGCCGCUCGCGUUGGGGCGGCUCCACAGCCUCCCGCCAUCCUGGGAGGCAGUAUCUGAACGUCUAACUCGCCGUCAGCAGCUCUCGCUCACGUCCUUCAGGAUAUAUCGUCCUGUCGCGAGUUAAAGUAAUUUUCGCGAGUGUUUUUCGUUGCGUUUUCACCUCUGGAAUGUGAGUUUUCUCAGACAAAGAUGUCGAAGAUGCGUCGAUCUUCCAUGCUCCAAACACAAACCUCAGAACCUCUGAUCGUGGUGGAGGAAAACGAGGACACAGAAGAGCCCGACAAAGAAACCUACAGCUCCGACGAUGAAUCACCCACCCUCAACCCACUCUUGCUGACGCCCUUCGCCAGAGAAAUCCGGAAACACUCCCUUCCAACUCCACAAUGCAGCGGAAUCACAGCCAGCCAAGUGCGCCGCCUCUCCGAAAGAAGCGAGACAGCAGGCCCUGGACCCAGACAAGCCGAAUUCCUCGCAACCCUCUCCACAGCUCCUCAGCCAACCCCCGGAGGCAGGAGACACUCCGUGGUCACCAUAUCCAGGGUCCCUCCAGCCUUCUUCGGCAGAAGCAGGAGGGAAUCCGUAGCCGUCUUCCCUUCCAGACUUUUACCCAACAGGCGAGAGUCCAUAGCGUGUCCACCCUCUGAACCCAUGGGCAGCGUACAUAACCUCCAACUGGACAUUAUGGACGACAUUGUGCAAGCUAGGAAGGUGAGGAUGAAACUGUGGAGUACCAGCAGUGAGAAGGUCUGCGAGGUCCAAUCAGUGGGAGACACAGACCCGGAGAACGUCCAAAGGUUUCACGGUUCCUCCAGAAGGUACUCCGACUUUGUUGGCACUACCUUAGCCCCCAUACCAAGUUCCGGUAAACGUAGAGCCUCAGAACUACCCGUGCCGCCUUGCGGCUCUACUCCCAAAGCAAGUAAGCUCAAAGCCUCUGGAAUAGUUUGUUCUAAUACUGAUCUUAUGUCUAUUUUAUCUUCUCUUUCAACCUCCGCGACGGAAAUCAAUCAACAGUGUGAGGGUAGAGGUGGUAAGGAAGGUGCGUCGAAGACAAGACUAUUGAGGAACACAAGGUCUAACAGUUUCGAUAUAGCAAUAAUUUAUAAGAGUAAAAGCGACGCUGACGAGUCUGCACCUUCGAAUUGGUUCGUCAAGCGGCACCAGCCUAAAGAUCAGGAACAAAAAGAGGGUUUGUCUAGUAAAAAACCUUUAGAAAUUCCCAAAGUAGACUCCAAACCCCCGAAAUUAGACCCCAAACACUCCAAAGUGGUGUCCAAAGAGCCUGGAAAGGUGGUUUGGGACGGAAAGAGCGGGUCUCUAGUCGACGUACACGCUCUUGGAAGCGCCAUCGAGGUUUUCUUGCGUAAAGCCACCCCAGAAGCAAGCUCAUCAUCCACAUCACUCUCAAACUCCCCAAAUAAAAAAGUGAAGCAAAAGAGUUCUUCAGGAAGGUCUAUUGCCGCGUGGUUUACCAGCAGGAGCGAUGAAGAGUCUGCAGAGAGUUGUGAAUCUUCGCUAUGUUCCACUCUGAAGGAUCUUUUUGUGAAAUAAGAUUAUUUUUCAUAUUAUUGUGCCUACUAUCUGGCAUUGUGUUAGAUAUAAAUGUUACAAUAUUAAUGUGUCUUAAAUGCAGUCUUUGAAGAGAGAUUAAGUAUUCUGUUGGAGCACAAAUUUGAGAGAUUUAAAGUAGUGAUAUCUUUGUUACUUCAAUUUUAAAGUUUACUAUCGGUCUGUCUACAACUCUUUCUAGUAAUUCUAUUGGGACGGUGAAUUUUAGGUCCAAUUAGAGAUCGUGUAGAGUGUAGUUUCAAAAUAUGUGUAUUUUGGAGUUUAAUCAAAUUAAGAUCAAAAUGCAGUAACUGCCAACAUAAAAGCACGUAAAAAAAUACUAUUGUUCACUAAAUUUAGGGAUUCGAGCACAACCUAUUUCGUUUGAAAAAACAAAAAGGAAUUCUACAAAAUGUUCAAAUUCUCUAUGCUGAAAACACGUUACAUUAAUGUAGUUUUUACACGAUUUCCAGAGAAUCAAAUAUUCUAUUUGAAAUAAACACUAAAAAAAUCCCAUAAAAACCUGUCAUUGGACCUAAGGAAAAGCUUUACUGAGACUUUACAUUCUGUUAUUUUUCUCCCUUCAUUCGAAUAUAUUAAAAUUUAUGGUAACAUUUUGUCAUGACUUUUUUGGAUUCAUAUUAUUAUUAAUUCUUUUCCGAAAAUAAAUUAGAUGAAUUGUU